AUGUGCAGCCUGUUAACAGCCCUGUCACUGUCCGCGGUGAUAUUCAUGGGCAAUUUUGUUGACCGGGUUAUAAUAGUCUUGAAGUGUUCUCUAUUCUUUUGCUUCUCAAAGCAAGCUUUGCCAGGAACAAAAAAUGGUUCCAUUAGAUUAGACCAAAUUCGCUUACAAGGCCUCCAAAGGCCAUAUGGGAAUUCGUUAGUUUGGUCUUUGUAUAAGUUGUCACCUGGUCACUUUAACGGCUCAAUUUCUGAAGAUCAGCAGCUGUUAAUUUUGAUGUUUUCUAUAUCUUUUGGUUGUGUUUGUAGAUACCCAGCUGAUAUUACACUUUUGCGUGGAAAUCAUGAAAGCAGGCAACUAACUCAGCUUUCUUUUCUGCCAGCGAGUAUAGAUGGCACUGUGCUUUGCAUCCACGGUGGUCUUUCGCCUGACAUCCAAACCAGCGAUCAGCUGAAGAAUUCUGCAUUUCAGCAAUACACACAAUGUAGAGAGUGUCUCCACUGGGGUGCAGUAUGUUGGACUAUAAAGGUUCCUGCUGCUCUUUCUCAUGGAGUAAUUGAACGAAAUUGUGAAAUUCCUCAUGAAGGGCCAUUCUGCGAUCUCAUUCGGAGUGAUCCUGAAGAUAUUGAGACAUGGGCAGUUAGUCCCCGAGGAGCAGGUUUGCUUUUUGGGUCCAGGGUCACUUCUGAGGCGAAGCCAAAUUCUUGGAAAGGAAGAGGUGGAAAGAACAGAAAGGAAGAGGCAAUACUUUUAGGCGGAUGA